GCACCAGCAGCUACACAUUUCAACCUUGAUAUCUCCUGCAUAAGCCUUGCCACGAUGAAAUCACGUGAGAUCUCUUGGUAUGGAGCUUCUUACUGGGAUCCAACAGGCUCACGAUCCUGGAGCUAUGCUUAUCCCGAUCGAUUCGGUUGACACGGUUUCCCUAGCUUUAUGAUUGUCGGGACAACAGCUUCACCCCGGGCUUUGAAGACAACACAGAAGACGUAUCAUAUAAAUUGAAGAGGGGGACUGAGAAAAAAAAAGGAAAAAACAAGCAAAUGGCGACAGCACAAGCAAACCGCGCGUACAGUGACGCCGAGAUGGUCUACAACUACCAUCGGAUGAACAUGCCCCUGCACCAGCCUGCAGACGCCAUCUUCUGCCUCUGCAGCCUGGAUACGCGCGUGGCCGAGCGGGCGGCACAGCUCCUGCUCGACGGUUUCGCGGGCGCCGACGGCGUGCUCAUAUUCUCGGGCGGCAGCGGCAAGCUCACCGAAACGCGCUUCUCCGAGCCCGAGGCCGAGGUGUUUGCCGCCGUCGCCAGGCGCAUGGGCGUGCCGCCGGCCAGGAUCCUCGUCGAGCCCCGCUCGUCCAACACGGGGGAGAAUGUGCGCUUCACGCGGGCGCUGCUGCGCGACCGGGGACUGAGUCCUCGGAGCUUCAUCCUGGUCCAGAAGCCGUACAUGGAACGCCGGACUUAUGCAACCUUUGUGAAGCAGUGGUCUUGUUCCGGGGUGGGGGACGAGGAGGCGCAGGAGGAUGGCGAAAGUUUACAGCAGCAGCAGCAGCAGCAACAACAACAACAACAACAACAAAAACAACAAGAGAAACAGCAACAGCAGCAACCGGUGUUUACAGUCACGUCCCCGCAGAUGACGUUUGCAGAGUACCCAGACCAGGACAACCCCAGGGAUCUGGUCAUCAGCAUAAUGGUGGGGGACCUAGUGCGCAUCCGAGAGUACCCCGCCAGGGGCUUCCAGAUCUCGCAGGAAAUUCCCGAUGAGGUGUGGGAGGCUGGACAAAGGCUCAUCCGGGAGGGGUACAACAUUCAUCUUCCUUGAUUUCUUUCAAGGUUGAAUACUACGAAAAGGCUGGUUUGGUUGGCUCUGAAGCUGGCUGGCUGCUAUGUUUUUUUUUAUUUGUUCUUGUUGAUAUUACUCGACUCGCAAGAAAAAAAAAAGGUCGAUCGACGUAUAUGUCUUGGGAGGCUCAACAAAAAACCAGAGAUCGACCUUUGGCAAGUGCAUCGAGAUGACAUGAUGGUGUGCAACUAGCCCGGAAAUAGAACAUCUACCAGUCAUUUGGGAAUAAUCUGGCCACCGAGCUGUCAAUGGCCCAUAUUUUGUCCAGACAUGGAUAGAUGGGAAGGGCAAACAAAUUGAUUUCGAGUAGACAGACUGUCGUGGACGACAAGUUGGCCGUUUGAUGCUUGUGCCAACUGAACAUCUGCGGUCAGUUUUGGCUCUUCUCUACUACGUCGGCAGCCAACGGACCUGGUGCAGAUCAAGGCGGAUAAAAACCCUCAUUGGACCGGGUGGUUGUUCGUGUUCGUUUCAAAAGACGGGUCCAUUAGGCAACCAAGAAGAUGAAGAAGAACAUGGGGCCGACCAUCUACGAAAAUAUCCAUGUUCAGAUCGAUUGCUCAUGUCCCGCUCCAUCCAAGAUAACAAAAAGAGGCCAGGGACGAUCCAUGUGCAGAACCGCCAGCAGACGCCAGGAUGACGAGUCAACCAACGUCUUGCUUGGUCGUCGUACUAUUCGGCUCGAACUGCUCCAGUGGGGCCAAUGAUUCGAAAACAAAAAAGCAAGCUCGACGGCAGGGGAGGGAGGAAAAGAAAAGGGCAACGUCCGAUGACAGAAUCGGAAAGAAUCUUCAAGGUUCAUCGGCUUCAAAACAUCAUGCAGCAAAAAAAAAAGUUGGGACGG